AUGCCUACGGGUAGAUCAACUGUGAGCACUCCCCUACUUGAAUCCCUGACAAGGGAUCUAGUCGUGAAGAGUAAGUACUGUCAUUUCCAAAGAAUAAGCCAGAGGUGCAAGACCUGCUUGGUUACUCGCAUCUUCACUUCUAUUGGUGGUGUCAGUGCUAAAUGUGACAAUAGUGACACGCAGUCAUUGACUGCCAGUGUAACGGACUACCCCAUGGAAUAUGGAAGACGAUACCACAAAUAUCAUGAGGGCUCAUACUUAUAUCCCAACGACGAGCAAGAGCUAGACCGUAUGGACAUGCAACACCACAUGCUCAAAUUGGUCAACCGCGGGCGGCUGCUCUUUGCCUCUCCCCAAAGCCCAAAGAGGAUCCUAGAUGUUGGCACUGGCUCCGGUAUAUGGCCCAUAGAACUAGGUAAGCGAAAAGAAAAGCUCUUUCCCCCCCAUCCUCCCCAGCUCAUACUUACCGGACAGUUUCUCAUCGUGUCUCCAUCACAUGUAGCGUCUGAAUUCCCAGCAGCCGAGAUUAUAGGAACCGAUCUUUCGCCUGUACAACCGAACGAAGUCCCCGAGAACGUCCAUUUCCUAGUCGAUGACGUUACAGAGGACGAGUGGCUAUGGGGCCCCAACCACUUCGACGUCAUCCAUGCUGGUCAUCUUUCGGGUUCUCUGCCAUCAUAUAAAGACUUGUUACGGAAAGUCUUCAAGCAUCUCAAGCCUGGUGGCAGCGUCCAAUGUGAUGAGUUUGAUCCGAAGCCGAAAUGCGAUGACGGAACCAUGCCAGAAGAGGAUCCCGAUAAGUUCAGUGAAUACGCUCUCCAAGACCUGAUGGAUCUACAUCACCGUGCCGGCCAGGCUUCAGACCCGCCCCGGCAGUUUCGAGUGGCCCAUCGGUUGGCACGCUGGAUGAGAGAAGUAGGAUUCGAGGAUGUUCAGGAGCGAGUCCAAAAAGUACCCGUGAACCCUUGGUCUACCGACUCUCAUCUGAGAACGAUUGGUUCGUGGAACGAGACAAACCUGCUGGAAGCCGCAGCUGGCUGGUCUUACAAGCCUCUCACGAUUCUUGGCUGGUCGAAGCCCGAGAUCGAAGUCUUCCUCGUCGAUGUUCGGAAAUCCAUUCAGAACCGUGAUGUUCACGCCUAUUUGGAUUACUAUGUGGUCACAGGAAGAAAACCACAUCCUGCUUAG